AGCGCCCGGGGCCAGCGGAGCCUCAUACCGGCACAGCCAGCGGAGGGACACAGGGGAGGCGGGGAGCCGGCCACACCAUGCCAGCGGCCACCGGGACUGCUCUGCUACUGCUGCUGCUGGCCCUGAACCGGCCCCUGGGGGUACGCAGUGGGAAUGUUUCCGUGCGACACAAUUGCACUCGUGGCUUCUCGGAGGAUGGCUACACGGCGCUGGUGGCUCCAAACAUCGCGGAGGGGCAGAAGCUGCUGAAAGUUAAAUUCAACGGGUGCAGCCCUGGAACGCAAGGCGUCUGGUACGAGACCAGCAACCCGGAUUUCAAAGUCGGGGCAGAUGGGGCCGUCUACACCGCACGCGACGUGCAGAUUCCCUCCAAGCAGGAAGAGUUUAUGGUGACCGCGUGGGACCACAAGACCCCGGAGAAAUGGGAGACCGCCAUCCGGCUGCUGGUGAAGGAGGAGGCCGUGAAUAACAGCUGGACUCAGAAAAUACAGCAUCAUUGGGAAAACGACCAUCAUCAGAGAGAAAAACAGUAUCCGCGGGAACAGAGUCGCACUUUAUUACCAUGGCGACAGCACCGCAGUGCUAAUGGGCUGAGGAGACAGAAGAGAGAUUGGGUGAUUCCCCCGGUUAACGUCCCAGAAAAUUCAAGAGGCCCAUUUCCCGAGCACCUGGUGCGGAUCCGUUCUGAUAAGGACCGGGACAGCAUGAUCAGAUACAGUAUCACGGGCGUAGGGGCAGACCAGCCACCCACGGAGAUAUUCAACAUCGAUCCCAUCUCGGGCCGAAUGUACGUGACCAGACCCCUGGACAGAGAGGAAAGAUCUUCUUAUCACCUCCGAGCUCAUGCUGUUGACAUGAACGGGAACAAGGUAGAGAAUCCAAUUGACCUGUCUAUCUAUGUGAUUGACAUGAAUGACAACAGACCCGAAUUCUCAACCCAGAUCUUCAAUGGCUCGGUGGACGAAUCGUCAAAGCCAGGUACAUACGUGAUGACGGUCACCGCGCAUGACGCCGAUGAUAUCAACACAUCGAAUGGGGUUCUAAUGUACAGGAUCAUGGCUCAGAGUCCUCAGAGUCCUUCUCAGGAUAUGUUUGUGAUCCAUGGUCAAACCGGCAUCAUUAACACCGCCGCAGGAGGACUGGACCGCGAGAAAGUCCAGCAGUACACCGUGGUGAUCCAGGCCACAGACAUGGACGGGAGCACGAGCUUCGGGCUCACCAACACGGCCACGGCCAUCAUUAACGUCGCAGACAUCAAUGACAACCCUCCGGAGUUCACCUCUAAUCUGUUCACUGGCGAGGCGGUGGAAAACCGCGUAGACGCCGUGGUUGCCAAUUUGACGGUGUUGGAUCGCGACCAGCCGUACACACCCAACUGGAACGCAAAAUACAAGAUCAUCAGCGGAGACCCGUCCAAUCACUUCACCAUCAGGACAGACCCGGCCACCAACGACGGGGUAGUGACGGUGAUAAAGCCCAUUGAUUAUGAGAUGAACAAAGGCUUCUUGCUGAACGUCAUGGUGUCAAACCAGGCGCCUCUGGCUGGCGGCAUCCAGAUGUCCAUCCUGUCCACCUCGGCGGUGACCAUCUCCAUCACCGACGUGAACGAAGCCCCCUACUUUCCAAGCCAAAACGAGCCAAUCAGACAGCUGGAGGGAGAGCCGGCGGGCCGUCUGCUUACAACGUUUUCUGCCGUAGACCCUGACCGCUUCAUGCAGCAAGCACUCAGGUACUCGAAACUCUCCGACCCCGCGAACUGGCUGAGCAUUAACGCCACCAGUGGUAAAGUUUACACCACGGCCGUUCUGGAUCGCGAAUCCCCUUUUGUUAAAGACGACAUCUACGAGGCCAAGUUCCUGGCGACCGACAACGGCGUUCCUCCGGCCAGCGGCACCGGUACGUUGCAGAUCCACCUGAUCGACGUCAACGAUAACGCCCCCGAACUUCAGCCCAAAGAGGCUCAGAUCUGCGAGAGGCCGAAUUCAAACGGCAUCAACAUCACGGCCGCGGAUUUGGACCGCAAGCCCAGCGGGGACCCCUUUGUGUUUGAGCUGCCGACGGUGCCGUCGAUGAUCCGUCGGAACUGGACUAUAACCAGGAUUAACGGUAACUACGCCAGGCUCAGCCUGCAGAUUGGAUACCUUGAGGCCGGGAUGUACGAGGUCCCCGUCAUUAUUACGGACUCAGGAAACCCUCCUCUCUACAACACGUCGGUGAUCAAAGUGAAGGUCUGUCCCUGCGACGAAAACGGAGACUGCACGACAAUCGGAGCCGUGGCAGCAGCGGGACUGGGCACGGGCGCCAUCAUCUCUAUCCUGAUAUGCAUUAUAAUUCUUCUCUCUAUGGUUCUCCUGUUCGUCAUGUGGAUGAAGCGCAGGGAGAAGGAACGUCACACAAAACAGCUCCUGAUUGACCCAGAAGACGACGUCAGAGACAAUAUUCUCAAGUACGACGAGGAAGGAGGCGGCGAGGAAGACCAGGACUACGACCUGAGUCAACUGCAGCAACCGGAGACGCUGGAUCACGUUCUGAACAAGGUGGCGGGAGUCCGACGGGUGGACGAGAGGCCGGUGGGUGCCGAGCCCCAAUACCCCAUAAGACCAGUAAUCCCGCAUCCUGGAGAUAUCGGGGACUUCAUCAGCGAGGGUCUCCGGGCGGCCGACAACGACCCGACGGCUCCUCCCUACGACUCCCUCUUGGUUUUCGACUACGAGGGGAGCGGAUCGACCGCCGGCUCCGUCAGCUCGCUCAACUCCUCCAGCUCCGAAGAACAGGACUUUGACUAUUUGAAUGACUGGGGGCCCCGCUUCAAAAAAUUGGCGGACAUGUAUGGCGGGGCUGAGGAGGAUUGACAGGAGGCCCGGGUCUUACCGACAGACGGAACAAAUCCUCCUCCGUUGUACAGAGGCUGAAAUGUUUUUUGUUUUUAAUUAAUAUAAUUAUUAUCACCCCCCCUUCAUGGCGUUAUUUUUAGUGGUAUGUUUAGAAGGGUUCAUCCUCAGCUGACGUUUAAAGCGGUAACCCCCCUUAUUUAUUUUGAGGCUCAUGCUUUUAUUUUGUAGACUUAACUUAACCCCUCCUGUGCUGGAAAAGCUGGACGCCUUGUGUUUUAAGGAGUUAUCGUCACGGCUUGUAACCUCUGCGUGAACGGCGCCACCCUGAGCCAAACUUUAUUUAUUUUUAGGUUUUUUUUACCCCAAAAUAUGGGGGAGGAUUCACUAAAGGUUCGACAAAGAGGAGGUUCGGAUACCAGGUAUUAGAUCUCCUUUCUUGGUGCUCACCGGACCUUGGUAUGGAUCAAACGGGGCACAAUGAGACACAGGCUUGGCUGUCACUCCAAGAUAUCUUCGUGCAUCCAGCCCAGCCAGAUCUGAGAAAAAUAAAUAUGGACCAUGGCAGCACCCAGGAGCAGUAUAGAGUUUGGUGGUCUUUCCAGCAGAGAAGGGGUUAAUCCGUCCCUGGAAUGAAGCCAUCUCUUAUGUUUUUUUGUUUGUCGGAUUUUCGAGCGAUCCAGCAUGUCCGCGUUCCAUUACUGCUGCUCCCCCUCCCCUUAUUUUUAUAUAUAUAUAUAUUUAAAUAUAUAUAUAUAUAUCUACCUGUACAUAGGUGAGCGGAGAGAUUUCCUGAUACACGGAGCGAGGCGUCUCUCUCUCUCUCCCUCACUCGUCUUAACUUGAAGAAAAAAAAACAAAGUUCUUUUUUUAGAACCACUGUUUUUACAAACGGAAAAAAACAAAAAC